GGAUACGGCUAUCUGGGCCGGGCAGCCGAGCUGUCCCCGAGCAGGAAUGUCCCUGCUCGCCCAGAUAAUGUUAUUUAUACCACCGGCUGGAAGGGCGGGUCCACUCAUCGCUCCCAGGACCACCCCGGCCCUCCUGGGGCUCAGUCUCGCCGCUGCUCUGCUAUCCCUGCUGCCUCUCCUCUUGCUACUCUAGACAGACGAUCAGGCACUCAUAGCACGUACAGCUGAGGAAUUGCAACAUCUUCUAUCCAUGAACCAAGAAUUCAAGAGAUUUUGGAGAUUGAAUAAGAGAUACAUUGAUUUAUGAUGUUUUCCCCAGUAACUGACAGCAGGUGCUUAGAGUCAUCUGAUUGAGCUGAAAUUAGAGAAACAGCAAAACUCCUAGAACAUGACAUCAGCAACUGAUUUUGAUCAUUUGGAGAUUCAGCCACAGUAUAAUCGAAUCAAUGCUCGAUGGGAAGCCUCUGAUGAUGAGUUGGACAAUGACAACAGUUCUGCCAGACUCUUUGAGAGAUCCCGGAUCAAAGCUCUAGCAGAUGAACGGGAAGGUGUGCAAAAGAAAACUUUUACAAAAUGGGUGAACUCUCACCUGGCACGUGUAACCUGUCGCAUUUCAGAUCUUUAUAUGGAUCUCAGAGAUGGACGAAUGCUAAUUAAAUUGCUGGAGGCUUCUGGAGAAUUACUGCCCAAGCCUACUAAAGGUCGUAUGCGAAUCCACUGUUUGGAGAAUGUGGACAGCCUGCAAUUCCUCAAGGAGCAGCGUGUGCAUUUGGAAAACAUGGGGUCUCAUGAUAUCGUUGAUGGCAACCAUCGCUUGGUGCUGGGCCUCAUCUGGACAAUUAUUCUGCGCUUCCAGAUCCAGGAUAUCAUUGUUCAGACUCAAGAAGGCCGGGAAACCCGUUCAGCAAAGGAUGCAUUAUUACUUUGGUGUCAAAUGAAAACUACAGGCUAUCCCCAUGUUAAUGUCACCAACUUCACCUCCAGCUGGAAGGAUGUGGCUUUUAACGCUCUUAUUCACAAGCACAGGCCUGACCUAAUUGACUUUGAGAAAUUGAAACACUCAAAUGCCAGGCACAAUUUGGAACAUGCUUUCAGCGUAGCAGAGCGGCAACUUGGUAUCACACAACUUCUUGAUCCAGAAGAUUUUAUUAGCCUAGCUAACCCAGAUGAGAAAUCCAUUAUCACUUAUGUGGUUGCUUUCUAUCACUACUCGAAAAUGAAGGUCCUUGCUGUAGAAGGGAAAAGAGUUGGAAAGGUAAUGGACCAUGCAAUAGAGACUGAGAAGAUGAUUGAAAAAUACAGUGGAUUGGCUUCAGACCUGCUGAUGUGGAUAGAACAGACCAUUACCAAUCUCAACAGCCGCAAGUUUGCUAAUUCCCUGGCAGGCGUGCAGCAGCAGCUCCAGUACUUCAGUACAUAUCGCACAGUAGAAAAACCACCCAAAUUUCAAGAGAAGGGGAAUUUAGAAGUUCUGCUUUUUACCAUCCAGUCCAGAAUGCGAGCAAACAAUCAGAAAGUGUAUACGCCUCAUGAAGGAAAACUUGUGUCUGACAUCAACAGGGCCUGGGAGAAGUUGGAAAAGGCAGAGCAUGAACGGGAACUAGCACUGAGAAAUGAGCUUAUAAGGCAGGAGAAGCUGGAGCAGCUUGCCCGACGUUUUGAUCGCAAAGCUGCCAUGCGAGAGACCUGGCUUAGUGAAAAUCAACGCCUUGUGGCACAGGAUAACUUUGGAAAUGACUUGCCAGCUGUGGAGGCAGCAAAGAAGAAGCAUGAAGCCAUUGAGACGGACACAGCUGCCUAUAAAGAACGGGUACAGACCAUAGAGGAGGUGGCCAAGGAACUGGAGGUAGAGAAUUACCAUGACAUCAAACGCAUCAAUGCUCGCAAGGACAGUAUCCUGCGACUCUGGGAGUACCUCUUGGAACUGCUGCAAGCACGGCGCCAGAGACUGGAGAUGAAUCUGACACUGCAGCAGCUGUUUCAGGACAUGCUGCAUAGCAUCGACUGGAUAGAGGAAAUGAAAGUAAAACUUUUAUCUCCUGAAACUGGGAAGCAUCUGUUGGAAGCAGAAGACUUGCUUCAGAAGCAUAAGUUGAUGGAGGCUGACAUGGCUAUUCAGGCGGAGAAGAUUCAUGCUGUCAAUGCAGCUGCCCUUAAAUUUGCCAAUGGAGAUGGUUAUCAACCAUGUGAUCCCAAAAUAAUCUGUGAUCGUGUGAACCUCCUGGAACUAUACUACCAAGAGCUGAUUGCUUUAGCUGCAAAGAGGAAAGCUCGCCUUCAUCAAUCCAAGCGCCAGUGGAAGUUCUUUUGGGAACUGGAUGAAGCUGAAAGUUGGAUCAGGGAGAAAGAGCAGAUCUAUUCUUCCCUGGACUAUGGGAAAGACCUCACCAGUAUUCUCAUUUUACAGAGGAAACAUAAAGCUUUCGAGGAUGAGUUACGUGGCCUAGGGGCUCACCUGAAGCAGACCAUCAAGGAGGGAGAAAACAUGAUUGCUGAGAAACAUUUUGGAGCAUCAAAAAUCUGCAGCAGGAUAGAAGAAGUGAAAGCUCUCUGGUCCCAGUUGCAGGAAUUGGCAGCUUUCCGCAAGAAGAACCUACAUGAUGCAGAAAGCUUUUUCCAGUUCCAGGUAGACGCAGAUGACUUGAUGACCUGGCUCCAAGAUGCUAAUCGGCUAGUAUCCAGUAAUGAUGUGGGGCAUGAUGAAUAUUCCACUCAAGCCUUGGUUAAAAAGCACAGAGAUCUCUUGGAUGAGGUAGCAAACAAUAAGAAAAUUAUGGACAACCUGUAUAGGCAAGCACAGAGCUUCCCUGCUGAAUUCAGGGAUGUUCCAGGAUUUGAUAACAGACUCAAGGCUAUCCAGACAAUGUAUAAUGAGGUGGUGUCUCUGGCAGAUCUGCGCAGGCAGAAGCUACAGGAUGCUUUGGAUCUCUAUACUAUAUUAAGUGAGACUGAUGCAUGUGAGCUUUGGAUGAGCGAGAAAGAGAAAUGGCUGGAGCAUAUGGAGAUUCCUGAUACCUUGGAAGAUCUGGAUGUUGUACAACAUAGGUUUGAUAUUUUGGAGCAGGAAAUAAACAGCCUGGCUUCUCAGAUUGAAGGGGUCAAUAGAGCUGCUAGCACCCUAAUAGAAAGUGGCCAUCCACGCAGUGGGAAAGUGAGGCAGUGCCAAGAACAUCUGAAUGCCAGGUGGAAGGUCUUCCAGGAAAUGGUGGCUCAAAGGCGAAAAGCUGUUGAUUUUGCUCUUAGCCUCCACAAUUAUUGUGUUGAUUGUGAGGAAACCAGGAAAUGGAUCCUGGAAAAAACCAAAGUCAUUGAAUCUACACAAGACCUUGGUAAAAAUCUGGCAGGCAUGAUUGCCAUGCAGAGGAAAUUGUAUGGCAUUGAACGUGACCUAGCAGCCAUUCAAGCCAGGCUUGCUGUCCUGCAGAAGGAGGCCCAUCGCCUUGCUGAAGAGCAACCUGAUCUAGCUGAUGAUAUCUUUAGUCGACUAACAGCUGUCUCUGGAGUCUGGCUGGACCUCCAAAAUACUUUACAAUCCCAGGAAGCUUCCCUUGGAGAGGCCAGUAAGUUGCACAAGUUUUUGCAAGACUUAGAUGACUUCCAAGCAUGGCUCUUCAAGGCACAAAAAGCUGUUGCUUCAGAAGAGGUGCCCAACUCCUUGGUAGAAGCUGAGCAUCUCUUGCAGCAUCAUGCUGCAAUUAAGGAAGAGAUUGAUCAACACAAAGAUGUUUACAGCAACGUUAAGAAGAUAGGAGACAGAGUAACUCAGGGUCAGACAGAUACAGAGUAUCGGCAGCUGGAGCAGCGGCUAGAAGGCAUGGAGACAGGCUGGAAUGCUUUAUGUAAAAUGUGGGACAGUCGGGAGAAAUUCCUCAACCAGUGUCUUGGCUUCCAAGAAUUUCUUAAAGAUGCAAAACAGGCGGAAAUCAUUCUUACCAAUCAGGAAUAUACACUAGCCCACACUGAGCCACCAGACACCUUAGAAGCAUCGGAAGCUGUUAUACGGAAAUUUGAAGAUUUCCUCGGUAAUAUGGCAGCUAAUGAAGAAAAAGUUACUGGCUUGAUAGACACCGGGAGCAAACUUGCUGCUGAUGGGAAUAUUUACUCUGACAAAAUUAUUGAAAAAGUUCAGCUGAUUCAAAAAAGACACAGGACAAAUGUCACAAAAUCACAAGAGGCAUUUGUAUUACUAAAGGACAAUAAUGACUUGCAAAAUUUCCUACAAAACUGCCAAGAGCUCACCAUGUGGAUUGAAGAAAAGAUGCUUACUGCUCAAGAUAUGUCAUAUGAUGAAGCGCGGAAUUUGCAUAGCAAAUGGCUAAAGCAUCAGGCUUUUAUGGCAGAACUUGCUUCCACCAAGGAUUGGGUAAAAGAGGCACAAAAGGAAGGACAACAGUUGGCAAAGCAAAAGCCCAAGUAUGCAGACAUUGUGUCCCAGAAGCUAGAGGCACUUCAUCAACGUUGGGAUAUGUUGCAGGCAACCACAGGAAAGGCACAGCAGCUGUUUGAUGCUAACCGCUCUGACCUUUAUGCACAGAGCUAUGCUGACCUUAGCGCAUGGAUCAGUGAGAUAGAGGAGAAGCUAAACUCUGAUGUCCAAGGGAAAGAUCUCACAAGUGUUAACAUUCUUCUAAAGAACUUGAAACAUCUGGAUGAGCAAGUCAGCUUGCGGAAGAAAGAGAUGGAAGGCUUGCUUUCUCAGGGCCCUCCAGUCAAGAGAGACAUGGAUGAAGUGGACAGCAAGCAUGAGAUCAUUGAAAGGCGAUUUCAGGACCUUGCAGAGCCAUUGGAUAGGAAGAGGAAAGAACUGGAGAUGGCUAAGGCAGGAUAUCAAUUGGACCGGGAUUUGGCGGAUGAAUUGCUUUGGGUGCAAGAACGACUCCCUCUUGCUCAGUCCACUGACCAUGGCACAAAUCUUUUGUCAGUCCAGCUACUUACAAAGAAAAACCAGACCCUGCAGAAAGAAAUUAUUGGUCAUGCCCCACGAAUUGAGGAAGUUGUUGAUAGAGGGGAGAGCAUGUUGGCUAAAGCUGAAGGGGAUGGGGACUUCAGAGACACAGAAGAAUGCCUCAAUCAGUUAAAGGUUUCCUGGAGCACCUUGCAGGAGGAAACCUUGAAGAGGUUGCGGCGCCUAGAGGAAGCCAGUGAGGCUCAGCGAUACUAUUUAGAUGCUGGAGAAGCAGAGGCCUGGAUAAGUGAACAGGAACUUUAUGUAGGGACAGAUGAGAAGCCAAAGGAUGAAGAGAGUGGCAUUGUGAUGCUGAAGAGACACCUUCGCCAGCAGCGAUCCAUAGAAGAAUAUGGAAAAAACAUCAAACAGCUAGCCAGUCGUGCUCAGAAACUGCUAUCUGCUGGCCACCCAGAAGGAGAAGAUAUCAUCCGAUUGCAGGGGCAAGUAGAUAAGCAGUAUGCAGGAUUGAAAGACCUGGCUGAGGAACGCAGACGUAAAGUAGAACUUGCAUAUCACCUGUUCAAACUGAAGCGAGAAGUUGAUGAUCUAGAGCAGUGGAUUGCAGAGAGAGAUGUAAUCGCAUCAUCCCCAGAGAUGGGUCAAGACCUCGACCAUGCCACUCUGCUACGGGAAAAGUUCCGUGACUUCGCUCGAGAAACAGGAACCCUGGGACAGGUGGUGAACAAUGUCACUCACCGAACUGAUCAGCUGAUUGAUCCACCCAGAGCUGCCACGAUUGCAGAGUGGAGGGAUGGUUUGAACGAGAGCUGGGCUGACCUGCUUGAGUUGAUUGACACCAGAAUGCAGUUGUUGACAGCUUCCUAUGAUCUGCACAAGUUCUUUUAUGAUGGUAGUGAGAUCCAGGUUCUUAUUGAAGAGAAGCACAAGGAGCUGCCUGAGGAGUUAGGCCGGGAUGUCAAUACAGCUGAGUCCUUCCACAGGAUGCACAAAGCCUUUGAGAGAGAUAUUCACCUGUUGGGAGUGCAGGUUCAGCAUUUUCAGGAGGUGGCAGCACGCCUGCUGGCAGCCUAUGCUGGAGAAAAGGCCAUGGCCAUCCAGAAGCAAGAACAGGAGGUGGUAAAAGCUUGGAAGGCCUUGCUGGAGGCUUGCGAGGGUCGGCGGGCUCAAUUAGUUGAUACAGCUGAGAAAUUCCGCUUCUUCUGCAUGGUGCGAGACCUCAUGUCCUGGAUGGAGAGUGUGAUCCGGCAGAUUGAUACCCAGGAGAAGCCCAGGGAUGUGUCAUCUGUGGAAUUGUUGAUGAAAUACCAUCAGGACAUAAAGUCUGAGAUAGCCACUAGGGAUAAAAGUUUCACUGCCUGCAUUGAUCUUGGGAAAACUUUACUGCAGCGCAAGCUCCAUGAUGCAGCUGAGAUAAAAGAGAAGUUGCUACAACUGACAGAAAAGAGGAGGGAGAUGAUGGAAAAGUGGGACAGACGUUGGGACUGGCUUCGCUUGUUGCUAGAGGUGUGUCAGUUUUCCAGAGAUGCUUCAGUGGCUGAGGCCUGGCUCGUUGCCCAGGAACCCUACCUGUUUAGUGGUGAGUAUGGUCAAACUGUGGAAGGUGUAGAGAAACUGUUGAAAAGGCAUGAAGCGUUUGAGAAAUCUACAGCAACAUGGGAGGAACGUUUUGCUGCAUUAGAACGUCUCACAACACUUGAACUACUAAGGAAGAGAAAAAUUUCAGAGGAGUCUUCACAGCACAAAAUAGCUAAGACUACGGACCUGGAAUUUGAUUUUGAGUUAGAGCCUGUUGAAAAGGAUGGGAAGAAGGAACUAAGUUUAGAAGAUGCCCUUUCCCAUGCUGCAGAAGAUUCAUCACUGCAGGCGCAAGACGAUGAAACAGGUCAUGAUAUAGCACCAGAAGAGCUGCCUGAAGACAAACUGCCUGAGACAGAGAUCAAUGUGGACACUGAAGAAAUGUCCACAAAGGAAUCUCUUUUUAAAGUGGCCCAGACCCCUGUGAGUGAAAUUGAUGAGACAGCAACCCUCCCAGCACAGAUGGAUAAAUCUCACAGUGUACAACUUGAAGGUUACUUGGGGAGGAAGCAUGACCUAGAGGCACCUAACAAGAGGGCUUCCAACAGGUCCUGGAAUACAUUAUACUGCGUGCUCAGGAAUAGUGAACUGACCUUCUAUAAGGAUGCCAAGAGCUUGGCUUUAGGUGUGCCUUACCAUGGAGAGGAGCCUUUCCGGCUGAAGAAUGCCCUCUGUGAAGUCGCUGCAGAUUACAAGAAGAAGAAACAUGUCUUCAAGCUGAGACUAGGCAAUGGAAGCGAAUGGCUCUUCCAUGGCAAAGAUGAGGAUGAGAUGCACACCUGGCUCCUGGGAUUCAGCACAGCAAUAAUUGACUCCCAAAGCAUUAAAUCCAAGGCUCAGAGCCUCCCUCUGCCUCCCAUCACCACUACAGAUGUGAACCUGACCAAGAAAGAUAAAGAGAAGAGAUUCAGCUUCUUUCCCAAAAAGAAGUAGCCACGUGCUCCAGUCGGAUGCCUGUGUACUAAGGUGCAUAGUGAAAAACUGCAUGCACGGGUCUCUUUGGACACCCCUGGUACCACCCAGCACUGUUCCCCACACAGAUCUCACUUCCUCCUUUUCAUUUUUCACCACAUGUCCCCAGAUGGCCCAAAGCCAAUGUUUCAGGGAAGAAAGCAGCAACCUUGCUUCAGGACAAGCCGUCUUCUCCAAAACAGAGCUGGGAGAGGCAUAUUCUUGGAUGUCUGACCAAAUGGACAUCACUCCAGAAAACUACUGUUUAAGAGAACAAUGCUGUGUGGCUUUUCAGGAAUGUUACAGAGAAAAGGAGUGGAACGGAGUUCUAUCAGGCCAAAGAUAAUGAAAAAGAAAAUGUGCAGUCUUGAAGCAGUUUCCUUUUCUUUGUAUCGUCAGAUCACUACCAAAGCUCAGGAUUCUAUAAGCCGAUUUUCCCAUCUCCAGUUGGCAUAGAAUCAUCACAUGGAAUUUAGAAAUAAUAGUUGAAUAAUUCUCUCUCCCUCUCUCUGAAGAUCAAAGGCAGCAUGCCUUCAUCCAGCUCCUGGCUUAUUUCAGCAUUCAUGCUAGUUUGUCAGGAUGGAGUUUCUGGAGGCCAAAUGCUUCACGUUGUGGAGAGGUGCAAUCUAACCACACACGUUGUUCAUGUCAUAAAGCACAGUAUGUUUUCAACUCAUUCAGUCUGCGCCCAAUAAACUGCAGGCAAAAUCCCCGAUAAUCAUAGUAGGUUCAAAGUAUAGCCAGAAAAUUAAAUUAUCUAUAUUCAAACUUGCGCACUCAAUUGUUUGGAAUUGAGAUGUUUGUAGAUAUUCGCACCCAGGAAAUAAAUCAUAUUCACUUUCUACAGAACACUACGAGCACAAUCCAGCUAAUAUGACUUAUGCAUUUCUCCCACUAGCUAAAUUGAGAGAGUUCCGUGGGCCUAACUUGCAACCAACCUGUCCUGGGUUUUGUUCCAUGUUAUUUAGUGAGAUUCUUAUCAAUUCCAUUCUUUAUGGCAAAGUAUGUAACACUUUGCAACUAGAUUGCAGGUGCCACGCCUGCCUACAAGCUUUCUAAAAACAUCUAUCCUGUAUUGGCUCAGCUUGCCAGAAGCAAAUAGCUCUUCUGUUGUUCCUUUGUGGAACAUGUUGUGCUGAGCAUGCGCUUGCCUCAGCUUCUCUCUUCUGCAGCAAUGUCUGUUGUGGUGUGUUUGUGAAUGGCUCUUUAAAAUAGAUACUCCUCGCCCACCUUUAUGAAGUGUCACAAGCCCCCAACCUAAAGUACGAAUUCAGUGCAAAGGCAAAGAGCAUCUCAGCUGAAUUGCUUAUUGGAAAACAUUCUUUGAAAUGCAGUUGGAUUAAGAGUUUAAGGGGCCUGUGGGACUGAUGUUCCUACAAUGGCCUUUUGGCAAGUAUGCCAUUCUUGAUGGGGAUUUUCAGUUCCGGCCAAACUUUAAUUCUCUCUUCAACAUCCAACCCCUAGGGCUCAUUAAACUUAAUAUUUUUGGUUUGGGAUGAUAUUAUACCAUUCUAAAAGUGCCUUAACCUAGGGACAUUUCAUAAGUAUUGCUUCCGGAGUGAGCAAAUUCAAUAAGCACCAUGCACAGAAAGGUCUGGGUUUUUCUUACUUGAAAGGAUGCUGUAAGUUGGGUUUUACAGCUAAAAAAGAACGCAUGAGGGGGAACCAUCUCUCUGCUUAAUAUAAAUUGCAGUGAGUUUGGAUAUAGGUCCAAAGAACCAAGGUUUUAGAGUCUUCAGUUACUUUUUGUUGUAUUUCAAAAUGCUGUGCUCUUCCAAAUUGCCUGGAUUGUAAUCGGUAGGCAAUAAACUUAUUAAUGCAAUGGGGAGAUUGAAACUACAUUUGAUAUGCUAGUGUAACUUAUUUUUAAAAAAUAGUAAUAUAAUGGUCUGCAUUGUGGAUUUUCCCUUCCAAAAUUAUUCUGAAGCAUCACUGCCAACAUUCUCCCAGUGUAUGUUUAGGAGGCACAGAAAGUUACUAAUUUAUAAUAUGAAGGCUACCUAACCUUAUAUAAGGCCUCGUAAAAUACCAAAUUAACUUUGGGUUUGUAGGUCAAAUAAACAAGUCAUUGUGAGCACAUGGGCUCAUUAAAUUGAGCAGUGUUAGUUGUGGUUUAGCCCCCUCCAGUCAAGUAGAAUUCAAGUCUGCUUAUUCCCAGUCACUUCUAGAUUAAGGGCACUUUUGAUCUUAAUCCAUAUCAGGGUACAGGAAGAAAGUGCUCUUCUCUGCUCUUCCAAUCAAUCCUUAUAGAGAAAGAAGUUAUUCUAAUCAGCACACUUUUACUAGAGCACAUAUCAAGUUAAGCCAAAGAAAGUAAGCAAGGGGUUGUAAUUUAACAAGGUUUUUUUUAACCUGAUGUAAAGCUAUUCUCAGGCAAGAGGAAAGGAGUAAUACAGAUACAGCAAAUUUAUGGGUUUUUUAUGUUCCAAGUAUUCUUUAAGAUUGUCAUGUGCUCAACUGAUUCAUUUGCCAAAGUCACCAAAAGAGAUUUUAUUGAACAUUUUGCUUAAAUGCAUUUCACUUGUACAUUUUAGCACUCAGAGGGAACAUGUACAGCAAGAGAGAAGUGCCAUCAUCAUCGCUUUCUUGGAGGAUAUUUUCACCUGUCACUCCUGAGUUUAAAAUUGUAGUGCACUGCCCAUUUUCAGAUAACUGAAAUAAAAACAUGACUAAGAUACUCUUUGAGGCUAUUCCCGCUUUAUGAGGACCACCACCCUGCACUGUACUACCUGCUUAUAGAAAGCGGCUGUAUUCCUUACGUGCAUUUUCUUCCAUCCUGUUUGUUUAAUCUGUCAUGAACUGGGCUUCUAAACCCAUUACGAAUUUCUCAGCUUGUAGGCAUCGGGUAGAGUUGGCUGUGACUCACAGCAAGAGGCUCUUACCUAUUAACAGACCAAAAGCAUUGGCGUUAUCCCAUAGGAUCCAUUUCCUGCCUGGUGAUUGGCAGCCUUAUCUUAUCUGGGCUUUUCCCUCUUUGUUCAACUGCUUUUCACAAUCCCACUUAUGCAAGUCAGCACAUGUGAGAAGGGAAUGUCAUGUGACCAGGCCCAAAAUACAUAUACUUCAGAGUGCCAAUAGCUGAAGUAGCCAAAGGCCUCUCCUACAAGAUCUGGGGGCUGGAGUUAAUCCUCUUUUCACAGCUAGGCAUCACGUUCUGCCUGCUUCCAAUGUGCUUCCACUGUCCAGAGAAAAGAGCUAAAGCUUCAGAAUGUGCUUCAGAAGCAAUUUAACUUUUUUUUUCUAAUAAAUGAACCAAUAAGCUUU